UUUCACUUUCCCGCAGAAAAUAGGGUGUCGAAUCUGUCCUAUAACCUCCGUUAUAUUUAUUACUAUUUAAAGAUCGAAGAUGAAUCUUUUAUGAUAAUUGUGGAUUAAUUUGUGUAAAGGUUGUUCUAAGUGAUGUUGUGUAAGAUCGUUUGUGUUCUUGCGGUCACUCUGUAGCGUUUUUAAAAAUUAAACAUGGCCUCGAACCGAGGAAUUCAGAUCGGAUCCGCGUGGUUUCAACGGAAGCUGAAUUUGAGGCCGCAGCAUCGGGGCGUGCACCUUGUUACUGAGGAAAUCCUCAAGCAGGUGCCCGAGUUGUCGCAGUUUGCGGUCGGCCUCUGCCAUAUCCAGAUAAUGCACACAUCGGCGAGCCUCGCGCUCAAUGAGAGCUGGGACCCUGACGUCAGAGACGACAUGGAGAUGAUGCUCAAUAAAAUUGUGCCAGAGGGCUUGCCUUACCGCCACUCCUGUGAAGGACCUGAUGACAUGCCUGCACAUGUGAAGGCAUGCUUCUUGGGCUCUUCGCUGACGAUCCCAAUCACAGAUGGAAAGCUCAAUUUGGGCACAUGGCAGGGUGUGUGGCUCUGUGAGCAUCGAAAUCAUGCUGGCAGCCGGAAGGUGGUGGUGACCCUGUCCGGGUGUCCGCGCGACUCGCCGCUGUCGCCGGUGUCGGCGGCGUCGUGCUCGAGUUAGGAGCGGGGGGGGGGCGCGACCCCCCACACGCACUCACACUCGCGCCCCUCCUCCAAGAGCACGCGGAGGUAAACCCCGCGGUGACACCUUUUAUAUCCCCGCACCUAACCUAGACGAUAGUUCUUAUUCUUAUCUUCGAGCGACAAUAUGUACAUAAGAUUAAUAUUUUGUAACACUUUGCGUGGCAUUUUGAACGUCUACGAUUUUAAAUUUUAAGCUCCGACUAGGUAGGCCGGCUCUCGGUGAUACCGGCUCUCUGGGUUUUAGAUGACGCGCGGUGUACCAGUGGACCCGAACGAAUCGGAGCGACGUAUUCGAGGAGAUCCUACUUGUAAUAUAGAAUUUAUAGGAAUUGAAGAUUAACUCAUUAAAAUUAGCUUCAGUAAUAAUUAAUUUUGAUCGAAUUGCCACGCGAAGUAGCCGUAUUGAUGUUAGGUUCGGUCAAAUUUUAACUGGACCCAUUGAAUUUGUACAUAAAAGAUUAUGUGCGACCGUUUUAAAGUAUAAAUAAAGUAAUUGUUGUUUUGUUAUUGCAACUUGUCGAUAUGUAUAUAGAUCACGCGUGGACGUCGAUAUUCGCUUUGUAGGUACGGUUGUUAAACGGGUCAAUGUGGCACCUAUUUUAUCAAUACUAAUCAUAAAUACCUUAAGUGAAAUAAAUGGUAAGGCAUAAUGAUUUGUACGGGUGACUAUAAUUCACUACAGCACACGUUAAAUUUUUUCGAAAUUUACUGGGAGACACUAUAUUUUUUAACAUGGCAGCACAUUAGACGUUUUAAUGAAGUCGGACACUCAUUUUACUACACCAAUUUUGUACUCGUAUGUAAUCGCACUGGUUAACGGUCAGUUCAUGUAAGUUUUAAGAGCUGAAUGUAGGCUAUAUAGAUACAUACUUUGUACGUCUACGAUAGAUAGCUCCCAUCUCUCUCCGUGUUAGGUUAGACUUAUUAACGAUUAGUACGUGAAACAUGUCCAUAGCUUUAAAUGUGUCACACCCGUUGUAUCAACGGGUUCCUUCACGGGAAGACAAUGAGCUAAAAUAUUUGGUACCACUAGAUAGUAGUUGUAUAUCAUUACUCUUAAGAUCAUGUAAGUGCCUCUGAUUUUGGGGUGGUCAUGUAUUAAUUUGCAGACUUGAUUUCCGACACCUGUGCAAGGCGAGAGUGUAGUCAGUGAGACUGAUUCAUUUUGCUUGUGUCCUUCCUUACCUACGACUUCCUCACCCUUUAUAGAUACAGUACAAUCUAUGCCCAAUAUUUCUUUCUAUACAAUAUCACUAGUAUCGCACAUGAUAUAAAUGCAACAAUUUCCACGUCAUGGAAUGUACUACGUAAUAUAUGCAAUUUUAAUUUCGCUGUCUAUUAUUAAAAGCGUAUAUGUAUAGUUGUAUGUCUUCCUAUGUAAGUUCCAUCACAUAAGAACAAGUAUAGUGUAACUGUUGCAGUAAUGCAUCUGGUAUUCGCGCGCGGAAUUAGGGUACAUAUGAACAUCACCUUUAUAUCCGGCCACUUCUAUAUUACUUAGAUAAUGUAAAGAAAAUAUUGCUAUAGGGAGUUCCAAAUUGAAUCCAAAGAAUAACCAUUAUUGUUGUAAUCAGAAGGAGUAAUAAAUAAGUAGUGGGUGUCAGUUUAUAUAUGAAUUAGUGGUAGCGAAAUAAUAUUUCUCAUUUUACAGGGUUGUAAACCUUUUAUUGGAAUUUUCUCCAUAACGAACAUUCCAUUACUGAUUGAAUUUGAAAUAAGUCUAAAUUGUCAUGUCACGCGUUCUGGUCGCGACUUCGUGUGAGUUAUGAACGUCAUUUUUUGCUUUAGUUGUCCUGUUGGGACUGCUUAAGUGGCACAAUUUACACUCAAAAGUUAGUUAGGAGUUAAUGAAUUAUAAAUAGUAGGAUACAGUUGGCAUUAGGUAAAUUUCAGUUAUUAUGAUGGUGGUAAUGCCUGUAUUCCGUACUGUGUGUCGUAGUCGCAAAGCACUCGCAAUAUAAUGCUGCGCCCGACGGAGACAUGGGCAUAAUGCACGCGCGAUGAGAGGCUCGAGCUGGUCUCAAGGUCCCCGUGUCUGAUGGACAGCAAGGAGGGCCACGUAACGAUAGCCUUAUGAACAAGGUCUGUAGUGUCACAAUGCGGCCGAUUCUGAGGUGUCAAUUCUUUAAAUUUAUUUCUUAAUAUUUUAAUUUGAUAAUCUUACGAGAUUACUGUUUUGUGGACCAUCAUAAACUAAAAUUAUAAUAAUUUUGACAAAAAUCUAUUAGAAAGUUAGUUCAUACCUACAAUAAAAAAUAUGCUGUGAUAUCAAAUUGAAAUUUUAAUAUCUCUAAGACAAAUUGCAUUCCAGAAUCGACCGCAUUGUCUCUUCAUCCGGCUCACGUUGGGACUAAAGCUAUAAACUAUUUUUUCACCUUUCUCUCGUCUGUCGAACACGGUCCAACGCCCGAUCCGUCUAACUCUUGCGUUGAGGGAGCCCAGCUCCACACUGCCGAGCUCACAGUCAACGCUGCCCAACGCUGUACCGCCGGGAGGUUUUGAUACCGCAUUGUACAAAGUGUAGAUGUCACAGACAUGAACAGUUUUGUCUCAUGGACAAUCUUAGAUUUACUCACUUAGGGAGCUUGUUGUAAUUUCAUAAUUGGACAUUUUAUAAAUUCAUCUUAAAUUCGAACAUUAUUUUAAUGUUUUAUUUCAAGCCAUAUAGACAUAGAUACAUAAUAUUUUUGAAUUUAUAAAGCGUUAAAAAGCUUAAUAUGUUUCAAUGAACAUUAGUUAUUUAUAACGUACAAAUACAUAUACUUUAUCUACUAUGCAUGAUCGAUGUACUCUUUUAACGAUUCACUAAUUUCGUAUAGUCUAUGUUUUCUACUGCUUAUAUUUUAUUAGAUAUAAUUUCAUCUCUUUUGGAGAGAAUUUUGGGGGAGUGGGGUAAGGGACGGUUAUUAAGUGCUUUUUAACACAUAAUUAAGGAGUUGUAAAUAUUUUUUGCAUUAAUAUAAUGUACAUGUACAUUUAUCCAUGUACAUAACAGUGAUUCAUAUUGUAAAAAAAUGUUCAAGUGCUAUUUGUGUAUGCGUGUUAGGUAUGCCACUGCCAUAGAACAUUUAUGCCUCUUGUAAUAACUUCGAGUUCGUACUUAUUUUUUUUAAUAUGAUAUAAAAUAUCUACGAUGAUUAGAUGAACUGAAAAUAUCCUACUAAGUAGAUAAGUUUCCAAAGAAACCAAUUAGCGACUGGUUCGCAUAGGUAAUACACAUUCCUUGUUUUAUCUUUAAUUGUUAAAUGUUUUCUAUUUUUUGGGGCAUUGUUGAUUUCGUACCACCAAUAAUAUUUAGCUUUUAGAGGAUGUCCCAUUUUAGGCUAUUACAAUAACAACGAAUGUCUAGGGUUUUACCUUUAAGUGGAGUUCUCUUUCCAUUCUGGCUGUCCAACUCACUGAAUUGACGUUAUAAUAAUUUUUAUGCCAUGUACAAUCAUAUUACGCUACAUUAUUUAUACAUAACUGAAGUGUACCUAUACAUUGUAAGUGUAUGUACUGAGGACGCAAAUAGGCAAUUAUAAUGUUAUUGUUAUAUUAAUCUGUGUUUAUUAUGUAUUCGUUCUCCUUUGUAUGAAGCAUUGUGUGUUUUCACAUUUUCAAAUAUAUUACAGUUGUAAGCGUAACAAAAUCACUUAAUGGCACGGAUUUUAAUCUUCUUAUAUAUGGAUUUAAAAAUUCUGUACUUAUCAGUAAUUAUUUAUUAUAUUUAAUAUUAAUUGCACAUAGGAAAAUGAGGUUGUAAUCGGAUUUAAUAAAAACAACCGAAAAGGGAGACAAAUAAUUUGUGUGUAUAUUGUUUAAGAACAAUGGUUAUUAUAUUAUUGUCAAUAAUAUAUUAUUAUGAUUGUACAGUUCAUUACAUUAAUUCACAAGUUUUCUUAGAGGUAUCUCGUCAGUUGUAUAUUGUUGGUUUUAUGCGCUCACUUGUGACAUUGGGAUAUCUGUCACAAUGAAAUUUAAUUGUAUCAUAUAACUUGUACAAUAUAAAUAUAUAGAUCCACAAUUAUGAAAGAGAUUAAAUAUUUGCAAAAGUUAA